CCCCGGCGCGGCGGGGGGCAGCGGGCCCGGCCCGGCCCCGACGGCGCCGCCCGCCACCGCCAUCCUCCCCACCUCGGCCCGCCUCCGCGCCGCGACGGGGCGGUCGGCGGCUCCGCGCCCGCCGCCGGCAUGGAGGCAGCGGGGCGGCGCGGCUGGGCUGAGGGGCGUCCCGCCGUGAGGGUCCUGCGUCCCCCAUUCCUCCUCCUCCUCCUCCUGGCAGCAGAAGAUUGUCUGGCUCAGUGUGAUAAUGACUGCAAAGCUUACUGCUGUGAUGGGACUGCUCCCUACUGCUGCUCAUAUUAUGCCUACAUUGGGAAUGUCCUUUCAGGCACAGCGAUAGCUGGAAUUGUUUUCGGUAUAGUGUUUAUAAUGGGAGUGAUUGCUGGGAUUGCCAUCUGUAUCUGCAUGUGCAUGAAGAACAACCGUGGGACUCGAGUAGGGGUCAUCCGAACUACGCACAUCAACACUAUCAGCACGUACCCAGUGGCUCCACCACCAUACAGUUACGAAUACGAAAUGGAGUACCCAGCUGACCUACCUCCACCUUAUACUCCAACCCCACAGACUUCAAUACAGUAUCCCCCGCCCCCUCCAUACCCUGGAUAUUCAGGGAAAUAAUUACAUGGCUUCACACAGAUAUUAACUGCUUGUUGAAACAGCCAGCACCGUUGGGACAAAUAUUAUCAGCUCAGGGACAAACAGGAAGGGGUCUGCAUCAACACAUGUGGCCAGGUGUUGAAAUAACCUGGGAAGGUUGCCAUGGCUCAGGAUGAAGAAAAAUCCUGUCUGCUCCAGAUCAUCACGUUUCAGGAUUAAACAGCGCGUGACCAAAGAAACAAUUCUGUAACUCAGUGCCUGAUGGGCAACGCUUAGUGUUGGUGCUUCGCUCCAGCUGCAGCCUGUUACAGCACCUGGGAGUGGGGGUCUUCCCAUGUAAGAAUGUGCCAGUGGUGCAAAUGGUUCGAGAAGCUGUUUUGAAAGCACAAGAGGCAGCUGCUGAGGCUUUAUUCUGGGGAAAAACUAGAAUUGUUGUCUUCAAGAAUGUGUUACGGCUUUCCUUGAAAUGAGGGGAAGAAGGAGGAACAAGGAAGACUGAAGCUGUUUUCAAUUUCUACUUCAGGCUGAUAAUAGCCAAUGAUCAGCUGUGCAUGUUGGUCUGACAAGCAUAUUACAAAGAGAAGUGCUGUCAGAGUUGUUCAAUAACCCAAAAAUUACGGAUAUUGUUUUUGGCAAAGUGCAGGUUGUUUGAAGUGCCUACAUUUAAACAGUUUGAGACUAGUUUGUGGCUUAAAAUGUAAACAUAAAGAGGAUCUGUAUAUGUGAAAUACACUAAUUUAUAGCUGAUUUACCUGGACUUAAAUACUAUGUAUGUUGGAAAUAUGCUACAAUGCCUUUUUUAUCAGCAAACGAUACUUGGAUUUUUUAAAAAAAGUACUAAAUUGGGAAAACUCACAAAUGAGAGAAGAAAUAUAAACCAAAUGUUAAAACAUAAUAGAUUUGUCUUCAGUUGGAUUGUGUAAAGACUAAACAAACAAACAAAACACAACUUAUUGUUUACCCGGAAUAAUGAUAUUUAGCCUAACCAAAGAGACGAGCAUGAAGACUGUGAACAUCAGGUUGCUUUUGAAUGUUGUCUUUGGCAAUUUUAAAACUGUAAGUCACCAAAUAAUACUUUUUGCAUUUGUCACGCGUAGUGUUCAAAAUUGUUUAAUCUCUACUCUGUGAAGUAUAGACCUUUAUGAUUUAAAAUGUUCCGGAUAUGUAUGAGGCUAACUAAUUCAGCAGCCACUGUUUGACUACAGAAUAGAGUAUUGCAUGACCUAAAGCAUCAUCCUUCAAUGGUGAGACUGGUUUUUUUCUCAGUUUUAUAUGCGAACCACAAAGACAGUGUUUCUCUUUGGAGAUUUAAAAGUGCUGAACGCCCUUAGUUUCAGUUGGGUGGCUGGACAGUUUAAGAAUGCUACAGCAAAAACGGCAGCAGGUAACAAAAAUGCAGCACAGGACAGCCUUGGCAUCAGGUUCAUUUCAGAGGGAGAGGCUGCAGGUUAAUGCUGAUUCCCAGAGAUCAGAUCACAUUGAAAUGUUUUCCAGUGUAGGCCUCAUCUUCUGUUUAGGUUUUUCAGUGGAUUAAUGAAUAAAAAAGCAAAAGGUGCUGCCACAUCCCCAUGAAGUCAACUGUCCACCUCUCAACACUCCCAAAGUCUGCUGUUUUUUGGCAUUCAGUCCUGAUUCAGGGAAGAACUCAAGCAACCUUUCACCUUUGAGCACACGAGUUAUUCAGAGGCUUUCUUGUAAACAAGACCUCUGACUGUUCUUGCUCACAUUUUGUAAUUGUAUUUGUCCUUUCCAGGCUGACUAAGCUUGUCCCCUUGAAACCGCACUUGAAAGUGCAAAUGGCCUCACUUGUUGCCGCUAUAAGUUCAGAAGAUGUGUGUUGUGGCCCUUGGCCAAACUGAGCCUGAAGUCACAGGCCCGUUAGCUCCACCCAGGCAUUUGUAACCCAGUCAGAGGAAAACUGAGCUGCAUCACAGGAUUUGCUUGCUGCUGAUUCCAUAAAGUCUACUCUGAAGAAAUUGUAUUCUCAUUUCUGUCCUGAACAUGUUAUCUUUACAAUUACUUUGGCUCUGGGCUAUGCCCUGCGAUGUUUCAGCUGGUACCAUGACCUCUCAAGAGUGAGAUGUUCCUCAGCUGAAAUCCUCCCCUGAAGGGCGUCCUUCUGCAUGCAGUGAUUUGGCAGUCCCUUCUCAAAACCAUCUGCUGGGGUACUGACGUGCUUGACAACGUGGUGGCCAGUACAAAACCAGAAUAAGCAGAGUUUGCUCUGUGGGAAAUCCUGUUCCUUCUACAUCAUUCUAUGCUAGUACCUCAGCACUUUUCAGUUGAUGACAGCGGAUGAUAUUUCUAUGCCAAAAAGUUACCUAUAGAUAAAGAGGAUUGUCAUUUUUCCCAUUCUUGUAUUUCAUUUCUUUGUGCUGAACAUGCAGACACACAAAUCAAAGUGCAGUUUGUAUUUGAUGAAUCCAGCCUCCUGAAAAACACAGAGGAAGAAAACUAUCCUAUAGAUCGUAAAGCUUCCCUUAGAGGAAGAAUUUCUCCAGCUGUGACAUUUGUCAGAACAAGUUAUAAAGAAGAUUUCUUAAAUAAAAAGGCAUUUCUGGAAAACAAAA